GGGGGGUGUUGUUGAGGGAGCGGGACAAGAACUUCACUUCCUCCGCUCCGCUCGGCUCUGGCUCCACUCCAAAGCCACCAUGUCGGUCCUCCUCUUGGUCGUCUCUGCCCUCCACGUUCUCAUCCUCAUCCUCCUCUUCAUCGCCACGCUGGACAAGGCAUGGUGGACCCUCCCCGGUGGCCGGGAAUCGGUCAACCUGUGGUAUGACUGUGUGCAGAGCAACAAUUCGCAAACCUGGGCCUGCAGCCACGUCAGUGACAACGACUGGCUGCGAGCAGUGCAGGCGUUGAUGGUCCUGUCUUUGCUCUUUUGCUGUUUCUCCUUCAUCCUCUUCAUGUUCCAGCUCUACACCAUGCGUCGGGGCGGCCUCUUCUACGCCACCGGUGUCUGCCAGCUGUGCACCAGCGUGGCGGUCUUCACCGGGGCCGUGAUCUAUGCUGUUCACGUGGAAGAGUUCCAGAAGGGCCGACCUCCCGGCGGCAGCUUUGGCUACUGCUUUGUCCUGGCCUGGGUGGCCUUCCCACUGGCCCUGGCCAGCGGGCUGAUCUACAUCCACCUGAGGAAGCGCGAAUGACCGCCCCAUGCCCCCAGUGCCCGUGUGUAAUCAGGAUUUGUAUUUUCAGAUUAAACUGCCCGGCCCAUCGCUCUGUAACUA